UCCUGAGCUCGCAGGGUGCUCCCCGUGUGCCCGCCGGCCCUCCCCGCAGCGUGACCGGGCGCCGUGGCCGCGGGGAGGGGGUCCGCUUCGUCGCCGACGGCGGGAGGCCUUUUUUCCGCGCAGACCGUCUCCCCCUCCUCCCCUGCCGGUCUUCCGCGACGCGCUCCCUUGUUCGUUCUUGCCCUGCCCGGCUGCACGCCGCCGCCGCAGGCGCCGACGAGCGGAGCGCGAACGCCCCUGCUCCCGGUGCGGCCCGGAGCCCCGCCGCGGCCGCUCCGUCCCCACAGUCCGAGCCGCGACGCUCGGCGGCGGCGCCUCGAGCCUGAGCGACCCGCGGCCGCCGGCGCUGGCCGAGGGCGAUGGGGCUGGGUUGAGGACAGGCGGCAGCGGCGGCGGCGGCGGUGAAAGCGGCCGCCCGGCCCCCUGCGGCCUUUUGGCUGCCCGGGCCGGGAGGCCGCCGAGGAGUCAGCACGGCGGCGCGACUGGACUGACAGAAGCGUCCUAGGAUCUUGGGUGUCUGGACAUAAGAGGCUCUAAAAUAAAUACUUGUUAUCUUCACCUGUUGUGUGAAGCACAGCACCUAUCAAGCCUCUGUAGAAAUGGACAAAGAAGAAAGGAAGACUAUCAACAAGGGUCAAGAAGAUGAAAUGGAGAUACAUGGCUAUAACUUAUGCCACUGGAAGCUUGCCAUGGUUUCCAUAGGAGUGAUUUGUACUGGUGGUUUUCUCCUCCUCCUCCUCUAUUGGAUGCCUGAGUGGCGAGUGAAAGCCACAUGCGUUAGAGCUGCAGUUAAAGACUGUGAAGUGGUGCUGCUCAGGACUACUGAUGAAUUUAGAAUGUGGUUUUGUGCAAAAAUUCGCUUUCUUCCUCUGGAAAAUCAACCAAAUUUUAAUACAAAAUCUGUAGUUAAUAAGGUUUCUAAUGGCCAUGCUGUUCAUUUAACUGAGAAUCUGACUGAAGAAAAUAGAUGCGAGAUGAAUAAAUACUCACAGACUCAGUCCCAACAGAUGCGUUAUUUCACCCACCAUAGCAUAAAAUAUUUCUGGAAUGAUACCAUUCACAAUUUUGAUUUCUUAAAGGGACUGGAUGAAGGUGUUUCUUGUACAUCAAUUUAUGAAAAGCAUAGUGCAGGACUGACAAAGGGGAUGCAUGCCUACAGAAAGUUGAUUUAUGGAGUAAAUGAAAUUGCUGUGAAAGUGCCUUCUGUUUUUAAGCUUCUAAUUAAAGAGGUUCUCAACCCAUUUUACAUUUUCCAGCUGUUCAGUGUUAUCCUGUGGAGCAUUGAUGAAUACUAUUAUUAUGCUCUAGCCAUUGUGAUCAUGUCCAUAGUAUCCAUUAUAAGCUCACUAUAUUCCAUUAGGAAGCAAUAUGUUAUGUUACAUGAUAUGGUGGCAACUCACAGUACUGUGAGAGUUUCAGUUUGUAGAGUAAAUGAAGAAAUAGAAGAAAUCUUUUCUACAGACCUUGUGCCUGGAGAUGUCAUGAUCAUUCCAUUAAAUGGGACAGUCAUGCCUUGUGAUGCAGUACUUAUUAAUGGUACUUGCAUUGUAAAUGAAAGCAUGUUAACAGGGGAAAGUGUUCCAGUGACAAAGACUAACUUGCCAAACCCUUCAGUGGAUGUAAAAGGAACGGGGGAGGAGUUGUACAGUCCAGAGACACACAAGAGACACACUCUGUUUUGUGGGACAACUGUUAUUCAGACCCGUUUUUACACUGGAGAACUUGUGAAAGCCAUAGUAGUUAGAACAGGAUUUAGUACUUCCAAAGGACAGCUUGUUCGUUCUAUACUGUAUCCCAAGCCAACUGAUUUUAAACUCUAUAGAGAUGCCUACUUGUUUCUGCUGUGUCUUGUGGUGGUGGCUGGCAUUGGGUUUAUCUAUACAAUCAUCAAUAGCAUUUUAAAUAAGGAAGAAGUUCAGGAAAUAAUUAUUAAGUCUCUUGAUAUCAUUACAAUUACUGUGCCACCUGCACUACCUGCUGCAAUGACUGCUGGAAUUGUAUAUGCUCAGAGAAGACUGAAAAAAGUUGGGAUUUUCUGUAUCAGUCCCCAAAGGAUAAAUAUCUGUGGACAGCUGAAUCUUGUUUGCUUUGAUAAGACUGGAACUCUUACCGAAGAUGGUUUAGAUCUCUGGGGAAUUCAGCGAGUGGAAAAUACCCGAUUUCUUUUACCAGAAGACAAUGUUUGCAGUGAGAUAUUGGUAAAAUCUCAAUUUGUUGCUUGCAUGGCUACUUGUCAUUCACUUACAAAAAUUGAAGGUGUUCUUUCUGGUGACCCACUUGAUUUGAAAAUGUUUGAAGCCAUUGGAUGGAUUUUGGAAGAAGCAACUGAGGAAGAAACAGCACUUCAUAACCGAAUUAUGCCCACUGUGGUUCGUCCUUCCAAACAGCUGUUUCCUGAAUCUACAGCUGUAGGAAACCAAGAAAUGGAGCUGUUUGAACUACCAGCUGUUUAUGAGAUAGGAAUUGUUCGACAGUUCCCAUUUUCUUCUGCUUUACAACGGAUGAGUGUGGUUGCAAGGAUACUAGGUGACAAGAAAAUGGAUGCCUACAUGAAAGGAGCCCCUGAGGUUAUUGCCAGUCUUUGUAAACCUGAAACAGUUCCAAUUGAUUUUGAGAAAGUUUUAGAAGAUUAUACCAAACAAGGCUUCCGUGUGAUUGCUCUUGCACACAGAAAAUUGGAGUCAAAACUGACGUGGCAUAAAGUACAACAUAUUAGCAGAGAUGCCAUUGAAAACAACAUGGAUUUUAUGGGAUUGAUUAUAAUGCAGAACAAAUUAAAACAGGAAACCCCUGCAGUACUUGAAGAUUUGCAUAAAGCCAACAUUCGAACUGUCAUGGUCACAGGUGACAACAUGUUGACGGCUGUCUCUGUGGCCAGAGACUGUGGAAUGAUUCUACCUCAGGAUAAAGUUAUUAUUGCUGAAGCAUUACCUCCAAAGGAUGGGAAAGUUGCCAAGAUCAAUUGGCAUUAUGCAGACUCCCUAACACAGUGUAAUGAAUCAUCAGCAAUUGACUCAGAGGCUAUUCCGAUUAAACUUGCCCAUGAUAGUUUAGAGGAUCUUCCGUCAACUCGCUAUCAUUUUGCGAUGAAUGGAAAGUCAUUUUCAGUGAUACUCGAACAUUUUCAAGAUCUUGUUCCGAAGUUGAUGUUACAUGGCACCGUGUUUGCUCGAAUGGCACCAGAUCAGAAGACACAAUUGGUAGAAGCAUUGCAAAAUGUAGAUUACUUUGUUGGGAUGUGCGGUGAUGGUGCAAAUGAUUGUGGUGCUUUGAAGAGGGCACAUGGUGGCAUUUCCUUGUCUGAGCUUGAAGCUUCCGUGGCGUCUCCUUUUACUUCUAAGACACCUAGUAUUUCCUGUGUGCCGAACCUCAUCAGGGAGGGCCGUGCUGCUUUAAUGACAUCUUUCUGUGUGUUUAAAUUUAUGGCAUUAUACAGCAUCAUACAAUACUUCAGUGUUACUCUCCUGUAUUCUAUCUUGAGUAACCUGGGAGACUUUCAGUUUCUCUUCAUUGAUCUGGCAAUCAUUUUGGUAGUGGUAUUUACAAUGAGUUUGAAUCCUGCCUGGAAAGAACUUGUGGCACAGAGACCACCUUCAGGCCUUAUAUCUGGGGCACUCCUCUUCUCCGUCUUGUCUCAGAUUGUCAUCUCUGUUGGAUUUCAGUCGCUGGGCUUUUUCUGGGUCAAGCAGUAUAAAGUGUGUGAUCCAUAUUCAGAUGUUUGUAAUACAACAAGAAGCGGGUGUUGGAACUCAUCGCAUUUGUACAACGGAACUGAACUUGAUGCGUGUACAAUACAAAAUUAUGAAAAUACCACAGUAUUUUUUAUCUCCAGUUUUCAGUACCUCACAGUGGCGGUUGCCUUUUCAAAAGGAAAACCAUUCAGGCAGCCUUGCUACAAGAAUUAUUUUUUUGUUAUAUCUGUGAUUAUUUUGUAUGUUUUCAUACUAUUCAUCAUGUUGCAUCCAGUUGCCUCUGUUGACCAGGUUCUUGAGAUUGUAUGUGUACCAUACCAGUGGCGUAUACAUAUGCUUAUCAUUGUUCUUAUCAAUGCCUUCGUGUCUAUCACGGUCGAGAGCUUCUUCCUUGACACGGUCCUUUGGAAGGUUGUGUUCAGUCGAGACAAACAAGGAGAGUAUCGUUUCACCACCACACAGCCACCGCAGGAGUCAGUGGAUCGGUGGGGAAAAUGUUGCUUGUCCUGGGCCUUGAGCUGCAGAAAGAAGACACCAAAAGCAAAAUACAUGUACCUGGCGCAGGAGCUCCGAGAUGACCCUGAAUGGCCACCUAAGCCUCAGACCACGACGGAAGCCAAAACUGCAGUAAAGGAGAAUGGAUCAUGUCAGAUCAGCACCAUAGCAUAGCAGAGACCGUCCCUGCUGUGCGAGAGACAGUGUUCAGGAGGAUGUGAUGCUAGGUGUCAGAAUGGCACUGUUUCAGUUUAUAUCCCUCUCAUAAGACAGUAGUUGAUUAAAAAAAAAAAAAAAAACAGUAAAAGGGCAUUUGCCUCACAGUUAUUAGCUAUCAGUCUGGCUAGAUCUUCAUGCAGUAACCUAAAUAUGAUAUACACUUUAUAUUGGGUAUGAGAGAGCUGUUAGGUUUUUUAAAUUUUUACCUUUUGACACUAGUCUGCCUCUUUAAUUUUCACAAGCCCUUUAUUAGCUAGUUCCUUUUAUAUAUAGACCCUAAAUUGGGACUGUUAAAAAUUUAUGGUUGUUAAUUGUGAUUAGCCUUCCGUGAAUGAAAAUAGGUUGAAGUCUGUUUUGAUUCCAGUGUUUCUCCCAAAGAAUUCUAUGUUACAUAUACCAGUUUCUGAAGAAGGAGUGAGUUUGUGUGUUAUUGUUGGUAGAGCAUCUCAGGUAACUUCCAUUUCUGGUUUUAUAUUGUGUGUAGACUGUCUGGUAUCACUUUCUAGCCAGCAAGGUGCUUCUCUGCUGUCUUGAUAGCUUUUGUAACAUUUGUGGGUCUCAUGCCGUGUCCGACAUCAACAGCCCAGUUGGCCUCAUUAAAAACGUUCUUUGUCACUAGAAAAGUUUUAUUUCUGAGUCAGGCAUGGUGAUACAGGCCUGUACUCCUACACAGGAGACUGAGGCAGGAGGAGUGUCCUUAGUCCAGGGAUAUCCUAGAGUAGAGCCCUGUCUCAAAAUACAUGCAUGCAGAGAGAGAUGAUCCUUUCUCUUGGUGGUAGACCUCGCAUCUCUUCAUACCCGCUGUUUGUUUUUCUUUCAGGAUUUAUAUCAUUUUAAAUGCUCGCUCUCUCUUUUUAUAACCUAAAGGAAUAGGAUAAAUUUGUUGUUUGGUUUGGUUGUUGUUGUUGGUUUGGUUUUUGAGUUAGAGCUUAACCUUGGUGUAUGGCUCUGCUCAGUGAAUACUGAGUGUGGCUUUUACAAAGCAAUGUGAACGUGAGUAGAGCUUGUUUUAUGCCAUUACGUGGCACCAGAGGUCAGCGCAUGCCUGUUUUGUUACAAGUGAGCUUGAGAAAAUAAAGUAUACACAUUUAUUGAGCCAAAAGAAAUGUAGAAAGCAUUUUUCACGCUUGUGUGAUUAAUCUGAUUAAUGUUCAGUUCUCAAAGAACUUCCACAAUGCCUUCCUAGGUAGGACUUGGGAGUUUGGCCGUGCCCACAGUUAUGAUGAACUUGGGGAGCUGGCAUUGCUAUAAAAACGGACCCUGAAUUAGUGAAGCAGUGUGAGGUUAUUCUAUGUUCUUUCUUAGCUAACCACAUGUUACAUUUUUCACUCGUAGUUGAUCAUACUGUCCCAGUACAUACUUACCAGUUUACCAGAUGUUACCAGUACAUACUUACCAGUUUACCAGAUGUUACCAGUACAUACUUAACCAGUUUACCAGAUGUUGUUACCCAGAUUUCUGGAACCAUUUUUUUUUUUUAUUAUUUUUGUGUUGCAGAGACCUGAAUGAUGUUUGAUAAUUGUAGAAAAAAAUGUAAAUUAUUCUCAGGAUCACUGUUACUGCUAUUGCCACUAGUGAUUCUUACAAAACACAUAAUCGAAUUUUUCCAACAAAAUGUAUGAUAUUACUAUAUGUUAGAUGAUAAGAACAAUUGUCCCAUGAAUGAUUCUAUGAAGCUAUGCAUCUUAGACCUCUUGAGCUGUGAAUUAGCACUAUUUUCUAUAAUUACUUAUUCUCUGUUGUUUUAUAUUGUCCAUAUUCAUUUCAAAUAAUGCUCAUAUUAUUCUUAGUGAUUUUUCUGAAUUGUUAAGUCUUUUUUUUUUUUUUUUGGUUUAAAUGCAGAAGCAUAUAAUUAAUUUCUAGCUGCAGCUUAGAAACCCAAUAUCAAUUGUAUUUAACACCCUCAAGAGAAUGGUCAUAAAAGGCUAUUUUUGACACAUACUCUUUUUAAUAUUUAGAGUUGAUAAGGGUUUAUAUUUCAUCUGUCUGUGUUGUUCACAAAGGAAACAAGGUUUUAUGUAGGUGAGAGAAAGCAUUUGUAGGAAGUUAGAUUUGAACAUAGACAGGGUAGGUUGUUCCAGUGAGAAUAUUGUUUGUGGAAUGUCUGUGAGUUCAGACAUGGGUCCUGCUUAGUACCGUAGGUAGACGGAGUCUUCUGUAGGUCACCGUCACAUAGAGAUUUGGGUCCUGGAUUUUACAUUAAAUUAUUUGAGUAUAUACAGACCUAAAUUUUAAAAUCUGUACAUAUAUUAUUUUGAUGUAUUAAGAUUGAUAAUAUUGCUGAUUUAAAUUUUAUUUAUGCACAUACUUAAAGGACAGAAAUGUCCAGGAAAGUAAUUGUUAAAUAAUGAUAUGUAACUUUUUAACUUUUUAAAUAAAUAAGAUUUUUUAAUGUGGGUCUCCCUCAGGGUUGUUUAAAGUUGUUUUCCUCCAUCAAAUAUAAACAAAUAGUGGUAACUGUUUUCUAUCUUCCAGCACCAACUGCUGUAUAGCAAUGCUGCAGAUAGUGCUUGAGUGAGUGGAAAAACCAACAAUAAACCAGUACUUUUAUAAGUUUUAUAAGCCUGAGAUUUGGAAGAUUUCCAAAUUGCACUUGCAUUUAAGUAAACCUGUUAAUGUUUUUACACUAUUUAUUUUGUUUCCCAUGUUGAUGAAAGUUCUGCACAGUUUCAAAGGCAUGGUAAAUAAUGUGUCAUAUAUAUAUAGAUGUGUAUUAUAUUAUAUAUAUUAUAUGUGGCAUAUAAUAUAUAUAAUAUAUAAUACACAUAUGUAAAACCUGUUCCAAAAGCAGCAAGAGCUCAUAUGCAGUGAGGAGCAACAUCUAAUUUUAUGCAUGCAGAUUUGAUGUGUCUAAGAAAAGGGUUUUGUAUAUUUAUGGUGGGAGGUUACUGGGAACUUUUAACGAGAUAGGGUAUUAACUUUUGUACAGUCUGGACAUUUACAUGUAUUUUUAAUGUAUUACAAUUUGGUAAUUAUGUGCACAUGAAAUUAAUAAAAGUUACUUCCUGUUAUGAUUUGUGAACUCCCUAAGACCGUGAAUUUUUUAAGUAACUUUAUAUAUCAGAAUGAUACCACAUCUUUAUAUUUUUAAAAUUGUAUUGCUGCUCAAGAAUGGUACCCCGAUGUCAGAAAGGUAGAUAUUCACAAUUGUACAUUCAGCAUUGUAAAUAACCUUAUGAGAUCUUUUUGAUUGAAGCUAUUCAAAAUAAAAAUUUUAAUAAAUUAAAUUU